ACCAGGAAUACACUCAUGUUCCCCGAGCUCUAGAAAAAACACCUUCAACUCCUUCAAUGUUAAAACUCCACAAUUAAAACCGGGUAGGAGGGAAAAAAACAGAGGGGAAAAAAACAGAAGAAGACAAAAGCCGCUUUCGUAAUUUUUACGCACCAAGCGUAUAGAAACCAAUAACGGAAUACAAGGGGGACAGACAGAUUCAGGCAAUACUUCACUACUGUUAUGAAGCGAGAAUGAGUAACGCAGAAGACAGCGGGAGCAAGUGCUCGUCGGGCCCGAUUUCCAGCUUUACCAUCCAGUCGAUUUUAGGCACGCCGUCCGAUGCGCCGCGCUCCGGGAACAAGGAGCUCUCCAAGGGGCCGCCGCCACCGCCGCCACGGAGGCGCUCACUGUCGGUGUCCUCCGAGGAGGAGUGCAGCGGCGGGGAGGACUCAGCGGACUGCUUCUGCUCCGACACGGGUCACAGCGAUCCAUGCACCCAGCACCAACCCCACAACUUCUGUAUAGGUCCCGCUAAAGGACUGCUGUCUGGGAGUGACGGGCUCGCGCGGCGGCCGCACCUGCCACAGCCUCUGCUGCAGGAUUAUAAGGAGGAGCAGGAGAGACCAUGCCAUCAGAUGUCACCUCUGUCCGAGGAGAGACAGACAGACGGUGCGGACAAGCAGGGCAACUCAGCGAAGAAGAAGACGCGCACGGUUUUCUCCCGGAGUCAGGUGUACCAGCUGGAGUCCACCUUCGACAUGAAGCGGUACCUGAGCAGCUCGGAGCGGGCCUGCUUAGCGUCCAGCCUGCAGCUGACGGAGACUCAGGUCAAGACGUGGUUUCAGAACAGGAGGAACAAAUGGAAACGGCAGCUAUCAGCUGAACUGGAGGCGGCCAACAUGGCCCACGCCUCCGCACAGACUCUAGUCGGGAUGCCGCUGGUUUUCAGAGAUAACUCCUUACUGCGUGUUCCGGUUCCCCGGUCCAUCGCCUUCCCGACGCCCCUUUAUUACCCGGGGAGCAACCUGCCAGCGUUACCUUUAUACAACCUGUAUAACAAGAUUGAGUACUGAUAGACUCUGCUGUAUGUCCACCACUGCAGUCCACGUAAAAACAAAACAA